GCGAGAAGAGAAGCCUUGAAGAUGUCGAUGAUCGAUGAUCUCUGCUGCGAAUCGUUAUCCUGGACCACAUCAUACACUAGUUAAUGAACUAGACAGCUGAACAAUUUUGCAACAACCUUAUAGCCAUGGCUCCCAACAGUCGAAAAGCUGCACAAAACGUAUUCCCAAAUGCAUCUCCAGAUGUCAAUAAUGCAGUGGAAAACGUUCUUUCUAGCUUCAAUCCUAGAGAAAAUGCCAGGGAUCCAUCUGCCAUAUUUCGGCAUCUAGCAGGGCAAGAUUCUUUGACCAUAGAGGCUCUUCUGAGCGCAAUUGGGACGGUAAACAAUCCUGAUAUCACUAAUUUCAACUUUUCCUCCGUUCCCGUAAAGACGGAGUCUUUCUGGGUUCUCCAACUCAUGCCGAUGGGCUUCCAAGGUCAAAAUGGCCACUUCAGUGAAGACUACUUCGACGGUGGUCUCCCCGUCUUUCAGAUAAUGAUAUAUGACGAACGUUCCGCGCACCGAGUAGCGGAACCCACACCUGAGCCCGGAUUACCUGCUUCAAAUUUUCUUUUGACCUGCAUCAAGAAAGCCAUCGCUGCUCCGAUGUAUCCAUUCAGACCUGCUCUCCCCGGACUCUUCAUUAUUGCGCAUAAGCUUAGCCCUCACGUCUCCGCCCUUCGACCUUUCCUAGACUCAUUACCACAACCCUUCUCAUGGCGGUUAGAGACUCCGGAAGAGGCGGAGGAGGUCGCUGAAGGCGUGCAUCAGAAGAACCGAAUCGGAAUCGCGAAAGGUCUUCAACAGGCCGAAUCAGAGAAAGCCCUUGGGAAUCAAGCAGUGGCUCGCAAGAACCGCGACAAUGCAGUCAAGCACUACGGCGAGGCGAUCGAGUGCUUAUAUAACGCAUGGUCGCAAAAACCGACUGAGGCAGAGACCAGGAAAAUCAAGAAUCUCAUGAGCAUAUGUCUUUCCAAUCGCGCGGCGGCAUGGCUGAUGGAGGGUGUCAAACGGGACCCACAAAAAGCACUGAAAGAUGCCGAAGAGGCAAUUGAUCGUGACCCGUCGUACGGAAAGGCCUAUUACCGUGCUGCGAAGGCACAUCAGCUUCUUGCACAAAAUGACAAGGCAAUUGAAGUCCUGAUCUCUGCUCUCCGUAACCCGGAGCUCGCAAGUGACAAGGGGCUGAAUGAUGCCUUGAUAGAGACAUAUGGUGGCCUACCUAACACAGACGAGGAGCUCCGUGCAUUUUGUGCUACAAAUUUCAAGGAGUCAACAUCAGGUACAGAGGCGAAGGAGCUUGUCGAGCUUCGCAAUAAGAUUAACAAACAGAUUCAUGAGAUUAUCGGGCCUAACGAGUCAGUCGACACAAUUUGAGAACGGUUGCGGUUGCAGUACCAGCCGACUGGCAUGAGGGUCGCGUAAUCACGCUGUUCAUUGUAUUUGACUAACUCGAACAUGUAAAUCUAAACACUUAUGUAGCAUUACAAUUAUGCUCGUCGUAAAAACUGUCAUACUACUACGCCUCCAUAAGCUCAUGCUUUAAUUGGCUCUAAACGACUACAGCUGCCACGAACCGGCACCCU